CAUUGCAGUACAGUCAUGAACUUCCCAAACUUAAACCAUCAUUUCCUCUAUAUAUAGUGAUUAAGUCUUGAAGUUAUAUGAUAGUCUCACUAAUAGAAAUGGCUAAAUUUCUUCCAUCUUUGUGUUUUUUCUUGGCUAUAACAAUACCACUUUCGCUAGUCAGCCAAGCCACAAAUGACGAGUGGGUCACUGAUGCCCAUGCAACAUUUUACGGUGACAUGCGAGGAAAUGAAACAAUGUAUGGUGCUUGUGGAUAUGGAAAUCUGUUCAAACAAGGUUACGGCCUUCAAACAGCAGCUUUAAGCACAGCAUUAUUCAACGAUGGAUUAGCCUGUGGAUCAUGUUUUGAGAUUCAAUGCUUAAACUCUAAAUGGUGCAAACCUGGAUCUAUUAAGAUCACUGCCACAAAUUUUUGUCCUCCUAAUUACACAAAAACAGUCGAUAUUUGGUGUAAUCCUCCUCAAAAACACUUCGAUUUAUCGAUGAAAAUGUUCGUAAAAAUCGCAGAAUAUAAAGCUGGUGUUGUUCCGGUAAAAUUUCGUAAAAUUCCUUGUGUUAAGAAGGGUGGCAUGAAGUUUUUACUUCAAGGAAAUCCAAAUUGGUUACUUGUACUAGUGUUUAAUGUUGGAGGUGCUGGUGAUGUUGUUAACAUGAAGAUUAAGGUGUCAAAUUCUAAUAAUUGGCUGCAAAUGACACAUAAUUGGGGGCAAAAUUGGCAAAUCCCUCAGAAUCUAUUAGGGCAAAAGUUGUCAUUUCAAGUUACUACUAGUGAUGGUAAAAUGGUGCAGUCUGAUAAUGUUGUACCUUCUAAUUGGCAAUUUGGCCAAACAUUUGAAGGCAAAAACUUUUAA